AUGGAUUUAGUGAAUCACCUUCCAGACCGUUUAUUGUUUGCUGUUCCUAAAAAGGGACGUUUAUAUGAAAAAUGUUGUAGCUUGUUGAAAGGGGUUGAUAUUCAGUUCAGAAGAUCCAAUAGAUUGGAUAUUGCUAUUUCCACCAACUUACCAAUUGCAUUAAUUUUCUUGCCUGCAGCGGAUAUUCCAAUUUUUGUCGGUGAAGGUAACUGUGAUUUAGGUAUUACUGGAUUGGAUCAAAUUAAAGAGGCCGAUAUGUUCAACUCCGUUGAAGAUUUGUUGGAUUUACAAUUUGGAUCUUGUAAAUUACAAAUUCAAGUCCCAGCUGAAGGUGAAAUUACUAAACCUGAACAAUUGGUUGGUAAGAAGAUUGUUAGUUCAUUCACCAAGUUGAGUGUUGAUUACUUUAAAACGUUAGAGAACGUUGAAGAUGAAACUAAAUUAUCUACGAGUAUCAGGUAUGUCGGUGGUUCAGUUGAGGCUUCUUGCGCCUUGGGAGUCGCGGACGCUAUUGUUGAUUUAGUUGAAAGUGGUGAAACUAUGAAGGCUGCCGGCUUAACAGCAAUUGAAACUAUUUUGCAAACUUCUGCCCAUUUGAUCUCUUCUAAGAAACCAAAAUUUCCGGAAUUGGUUGAAAGAAUCCACCAAAGAUUCGAAGGUCUUAUGGCUGCACAAAAAUAUGUUCUAUGUAACUACAAUGCUCCAAGAUCAAUUUUGAGUGCCGUUUUACAAAUCACUCCUGGUAGAAGAUCCGCAACUAUUUCAGCCUUGGAAAAAAAGAGUGACGAAAAUGAAGAAUGGGUGGCCGUUUCUUCUAUGGUCGAAAAGAAGAAGAUAAGUGAUAUUAUGGAUGAUUUGAAAAAGGCCGGUGCUUCGGAUAUUUUAGUGUUUGAUAUCGGUAACUGUAGAGUUUAG